AUGGUGUGGCAUCAUCUUCGAGAUAAUGGUUUCAUCAAGAAGUAUAAGGUUUGGGAGAAGCAUGGUGAGGUUGCUGGUUGUAUAGAUUUAGUGGAUCAAAAUGUAAACAUUAAUUAUAUGGAGGAUGAUAUGGUUAGACUUGUUCAGGAAGCUUUAGGAGGUGGUAAUAGAAAUGCAAAUGAUCAUCAUGAUGUGGAGGGGAACUUUUCAGCGGCAUGUUUAGGGCCUAACGAGUCUACAAAGAACUUGUUAAAGCUUCUAGAAGGUGCGAGCCUUCCAUUGUACCCUGGUUCUACAAAACACACUGCCUUAUCAUUUGUGGUUCGGCUUCUACAAGCAAAGGUUCUCCAUGGUUGGUCAGACAACUCUUUUAAAACUUUAUUGGGAAUAUUAGAGGAAUCAAUGCCAGAUGAGACGAUAUUGCCUAAGUCGUUUUAUGAAGCUCAAAAGUUAGUGGAAGAUCUGGGGUUCUCCUUCUACACAAUAGACGCAUGCCCCAAUAGUUGUAUGUUGUUUAGAGGUGAUGACAUUAAUUUGGAUGAAUGCAGAGUGUGUAAGGCAUCUCGAUGGAAAGAGAUUAGUGGAGAUGCAAUGGGUUGUGCAGCAAAUGUGAAACGAAAAGCAACCAAACAAGCGAGAUAUUUUCCUUUAAAACCACGUUUACAAAGGUUGUUUAUGUGUUCACAAACAACAAAGCUUAUGAGGUGGCAUGGAGAGGAAAGAACCAAUGACGGAGUGUUCAGACAUCCUGCUGAUUCUCUUGCAUGGAAAGAUUUUGAUGAGAAAAACACAACCUUUGCAGCAGACAUUCGCAAUGUAAGGCUUGGGUUGGCAUCAGAUGGAUUCAAUCCAUUCAGGACUAGAGACAUAAUUCAUAGUACUUGGCCUAUUAUCUUGGUUCCAUAUAACUUACCACCAUUGAUGUGCAUGAAGCAGCCCUUCAUAUAUCUGUCAGUUCUUAUUGAUGGCCCUAAAGGACCUGGAGAUAACAUUGAUGUCUACAUGCAGCCUCUUAUUGAAGAACUGAAAGAGUUGUACGAAGAUGGUGUAGAAACAUUUGAUUCAUUCAGCAAUGAAAUGUUUCAAUUGCGUGCUGCUUUGUUAUGGACAAUUAAUGAUUUCCCUGCUUAUGCCAACUUAUCGGGGUGGAGUACAAGUGGUAAAUAUGCUUGCCCCUCGUGCAACUCUGAAAGUGGUUACGAGCGGCUGAUCCAUGGAAGUAAGGGUUCAUACAUGUCUCAUAGACGCUGGUUAUCGUAUGAUCAUAGGUACAGAUCAGACCCAACAGCUUUUAACGGAAGUACGGAGUAUAGGUUCAAGCCGAGAACAUUAUCUGGUGUUGAGCGUCUUGCACAAAUGGAAUCUGAUGGUGUUCUUACACAAUACAAGAUACAAGAUAUGGAGAGAAGGCAUGUGAUUGGGGUACGAAGACUGAAAUUAGAACUUUCGAAGAAGCAACAUAAUUGGAGGAAGAAAAGCAUAUUAUAUGAGCUGCCAUAUUGGAAACACAACUUGCUGCAACACAACAAAGACGUAAUGCAUAUUGAAAAGAACUUUGCCGACAAUGUUAUUUUCACCAUAUUAGGAGUUGUUGGAAAGUCAAAAGACAAUUUAAAUUCUCGUCGCGAUCUAGAGCGUAUGGAAAUUAGAAGGCAAUAUCAUCUAAAGAGGACAGAGUCCGGGCAAGAGUAUGCUGAUCCUGCAGAGUUCGAGAUGAAUAAUAAGGGGAAAGAUCUUUUCCUCUCAGGCUUGGCAGCAACAAGGAUGCCAGAAGGGGCUGCUUCAAAUAUAGCACGUCGUGUAAAUCUACGUGAUCGUAGUAUUAGAAGUCUAAAGAGCCAUGAUAACCACAUCAUGUUGCAGCAGCUUAUUCCUUUAUUCAUACGAAGUUCUUUACCUGCGAAUGUGGUGCAACCAUUAAUUGAUGUGGGGAAUUUUUUUAAGCAAUUAUGCUCUUUGGAAAAUUCUGCGGCAGACCUUCAAGCAUUGCGAGAUCGUAUUGUGUUGACACUUUGUGAACUUGAGAAGAUAUUCCCACCAUCUUUUUUCGAUAUAAUGGAGCAUCUACCAGUUCACUUAGUUGAUGAAGCUUUAGUUGCUGGUGCUGUAAUAUUCCGUUGGAUGUAUCAUAUAGAAAGGUACCUACUAACCUUGAAGGAAUAUGUGCGGAACCGAGCCUAUCCUGAAGCAUCAAUAGCUAAAUGCUACUUAAUGGAAGAGUGCAUGAACUUCUGCACUCAGUACCUCAAUGAUGUGGAAAGCAAGUUUAAUAGACCACUGAGGAAAAAAGAUGAUGAUGAUGAUGUGAAUAAGGGAAAAGAUAUGGUUCUUGAGGAGAUUACACGAGUACAAGCUCAUCGUUGGAUCUUAUUCCACACGGAAGCAGUCACACCCUUCCUUAAUGAACAUCUUACUGCCAUUCAAAGAGAUUAUCCUUCUGCAGAUGAACAAAGUGUUCAACAAGUUCAUUUUAGGGAAUUCGCAGCAUGGUUCAAGGAACAUGUUAGGAGUUUGCAACGAUCAUCAAGUGUUAUGUUAUCAGAUGAAAUAGUUGAUUUGUCUAAUUCUCCUAUGCCAACAGUAAAGAGGUUCAAUUCAUACAAAGUCAAUGGUUUUAUGUUCCGCGUGAAGAGUCUUGAUAGUCACCGCACUACACAGAAUAGUGGUGUAUCCCUAAUACAAGAUAAUAGGGAGUCUUUACCAUACUAUGGGAGAUUGACUGACAUUAUCAAAGUCACAUAUUCCAUUGAUGUCAAGUAUGUUAUAUUUAAGUGUGAUUGGGUUAAUCCACGUACUGGCAUAAAGUUUGAUAGCUUUAAAUUCCCUUUAGUGAACUUCAAGCGUUUGUUGUACAAGAAUGACAGAAUAGGGGAUGAACCUUUCAUUUUAGCAUCACAAGCUCAUCAAGUUUGGUAUGCUCCAGAUCCUUCAGGGAAAGACUGGUUGAAUGUUGCAAGGAUGCCUACAAGAGACUUAACUCAUGUACAAACAAAGAAGAAUACAUGGCCUAGUGGUUCAAGUCCGAUGGAAGUGGAUGAGUGA